AUGCCUCUCACAGAAAACCGCGCGUUGCGCAUCCUCGACCAUGCCGCCGAAAACCACUAUGGCGUGCCCGCAAUGUGCUGCUACAAUGUGGAGGGUAUUUUGGCCACAGUUCGCGCGGCUGAGGCCAAGCGUUCGCCUGCAAUGAUCCUCCUCUUCCCAUGGGCGGUGCACUACGCGGACGGAAUCCUCGUCCACGCGGCCGCGGAGGCGGCCCGCAAAGCCUCUGUCCCCGUCACAGUUCACAUGGACCACGCCCAGACACCAGAGAUCAUCCGCUACGCCGCAGACCUGGGCGGAUUCGACAGCAUCAUGGUCGACAUGUCGCAUUAUGAAAAGGCAGAGAAUCUCGCACUGACUAGCGAGUUGGUGGCGUACUGCCACGCGCGGGGCAUCGCGACCGAGGCCGAGCCCGGGCGUAUUGAGGGCGGCGAGGAUGGUGUAGCUGAUACGGCGGACUUGGAAGGCCUGUUAACGACGCCAGAGGAAAGCCAGGAAUUUGUGGACACCGGUAUUGACUGGCUGGCGCCGGCGUUCGGCAAUGUACAUGGAGAGUACGGGCCGCGCGGGAUCCAGCUCGAGUAUGAGCGAUUGCAGUCGAUCAAUGCGGCGGUUGGAAAGAAGGUACGACUGGUACUGCACGGGGCGGAUCCGUUUACAAAGGAGAUCUUCCAAAAAUGUAUCGAUUGCGGCGUGUCUAAGAUCAACAUCAAUAAGGUCUUGAAUAAUGAGUAUAUCAAGGUGCAGCAGGAGAAGGCAGGAAAGGUGCCACUGACCACCCUGCUGGAGGAAGCUACAAAUGCGAUGCAGAAGGCCGUGGAAAAGUGCAUUGAUAUGCUGAACUCUGGCAACAGAUACCCUUGA